CAUAAGAUCCAAAUUCCAACAUCACAAACCAAAAACAUUAUCAUAAAAAAGGAUUAUAAUGGCUACCAAAGAUUCAUACCACAUAACAAUAGAUAAUACCAAAGAUUCUUCAACUGUAAAGCUUCCUAUGAAAGAAAUUCCAGGUGAUUAUGGUCUACCUUUCAUCGGGGCGAUAAAGGAUCGCUAUGAUUUUUAUUACAAUCAGGGUGCUAAUGGCUUCUUCAACUCUCGCAUGAAGAAGUAUGAUUCAACUAUCUUUAGAACCAACGUGCCUCCAGGUCCUUUUAAUGCUCGUAACUCAAAAGUUGUUGUGCUUUUGGAUGCAGUUAGUUAUCCUAUCCUUUUUGACGAUUCCCAAGUUGAUAAGGAAAACUAUUUUGAAGGGACUUUCAUGUCCUCCCCAGCUUUCAAUGGUGGUUAUAAGGUUUGUGGUUUUCUUGGAACUACUGAUCCCAAACAUACCACGUUGAAAGGACUAUUCUUGUCUACACUAACUAGGUUGCAUGACAAGUACAUCCCCAUCUUUGUUAGCUCAAUCUCUGACAUGUUUACUAGUCUUGAAAAAGAACUGUCUGAAAAAGGAACGUCAUACUUCAACCCCUUAAGUGAUAACCUGUCAUUUGACUUCCUCUUUCGAUUGUUUUGUGAGGGAAAAAAUCCAGUUGAUACAAGUGUUGGCACUAAUGGACCAAAAAUUGUAGACAAAUGGGUGUUCCUUCAGCUGGCUCCAUUGAUUACACUAGGCCUGAAAUUUGUACCAAACUUCCUAGAAGAUUUGGUAUUACACACUUUCCCUUUGCCAUACUUUCUUGUAAAAAGCGAUCAUAUGAAACUAUAUAAUGCUUUCUACACCUCUAUGGGUGAUAUUCUAGAUGAAGCUGAGAAACUAGGUCUGAAACGAGAUGAAGCAUGUCAUAACUUUGUUUUCCUAGCAGGGUUUAAUUCAUAUGGUGGUAUGAAAGUGUUCUUUCCAUCUUUGAUCAAGUGGAUUGGAACAGCAGGACCGGCUUUACAUAGCCGGUUAGCCAAGGAGAUCAGAGCCGCUGUCAAAGAAGCCGGAGGAGUUACUCUUGCAGCAAUAGAGAAGAUGCCACUUGUUAAGUCUGUAGUGUAUGAAACAUUAAGGAUGGACCCUCCAGUUCCAUUCCAAACCGUUAAGGCUAGAAAAAACAUAAUUGUAUCCAACCAUGAAGCGUCAUUCCUGAUCAAGAAAGAUGAACUGAUAUUUGGAUUUCAGCCAGUGGCUACGAAGGACUCCAAAGUUUUUACGAAUGCAGAUAAGUUUAAUGCAGAUAGAUUCAUUGGAUAUGGAGAGAAAUUACUCAAAUAUGUAUACUGGUCAAACGGUAAGGAGACAGAUGCUCCAACUGUCAGUAAUAAACAAUGUCCUGGUAAAGAUCUCAUAGUAUUGUUGGGAAGGCUAAUGGUGGUGGAGUUUUUUCUGCGUUACGAUACUUUUGAAGUUGAAUUCGGACCACUCUUGCUUGGUUCAAAGGUGACUUUCAAGUCACUAACCAAGGCAACAUCAUGAGGGAAUGGAUUGAGUAUAAUUAUAUUUGUAAUAAAUAAAAAUUACCUCACAAGAUUAUAUCAAUCUAGAGGUAGUUCAAAAAUUUAGGUUUCCAUGAAAGUUUGUAAUUUUCUUGUUUUAAUUUGUUUCUGCAAUUUUCUUAUUUUAAUUUGUAAUAAAACCCAUGCAAUGUGCCGACAAUAAAGCAAAUUACUUGAAAAGGACAGGAUGUACUAAAGCUUUUAUUAUGGACAGAAUUAAAAAAGGACCAAA